GAUAAGAGCUUCGUGGUAUUGUGGUUUUAGUCAGGCACUAUCGUAGCCACCCUAAACCUAAAAGUGGCCCUUUAAAACCCACUUCCUUAAACACUUUCCUGACGAGUCAAGAGCCGGAGCGAAACUUUAUUAAAACAUAACAUUGUUGCUGCCUUUUUAAAUGUACUUUCUACGGUUUUAUCUUUUUCUCUGUUCGGCUCCGUGUGUUUAUUUACUGAAAGAGGACGGUGAUGAGGACCUCUGCUUCUUCCUGGAAGGGGUCAAGCCCUCGUUGUCUGUGGAGCUCAGUAACAAGGGCUUUCACAGGGAGGUGGUGACCACUGUUGAGCUUGGCAGUGAGACACCGGGCGAUGUCAGAGCUUUGCUGGUUUACACAUGGCCCAGGGGUGUCUACGUGGACCCUUAUCAACUUGCUUUUCUGAGUGAUCUUCGUGGCUGGCAGAUGUUGUUUAAUACCACAAUUGACCUGGAAGAGCCAGCUCACCGGACUUCUGCGUUUCUCACCUAUGUGUAUCCCUCUCAUAAUGGACCAACUCCUGGUCCGCUCACAGUAACUAUUCCAAUUCAUGGGCGCUACCACAAACCCGCCUUUGACGGGAAAAGCUUCACUCCUGUUCACAUUGAACUUCCAGAGCUCCUGCUGUGGACUAAAAAGUGCACUCCAAUCCAAAGACUGGAGCCCCACACUCUCCUGGACGCCCCGUGCAACGCCAGCAAUACCAGCAUCUGUUCAUGGAUUAAAAUCCAGCUUUCACACAAGAAUUCCACCCUGAGUUUACAUCUUCCAGUUGGUGAUGGACCUACAGUGACGCUCGUUUGCACUGGGACUCUCCUCGUUACAGUUAUCUGCUGUGCUGUUUUGUGUCACUCCAUACUAAAACAUCAAAUCACAUGACUGUCACAUUGGGUUCUAUCUAAAACUGUUCUGUGAAUAAAUUUUUAAACAUU